GGAAGUUAAUUUUUUAAAACAAGCCAACUUUACCGUAACCGCUGUGAGCUGCAAAUACACGGCAGCUGAGCUAAGAUGCUCGCAGUUUCCAUCAACAGGGGACAUAAUAGAAAAGUAAGAGCAGAAGAGGCUUUUGUUUGUCGAGACGGACAUUUUACCGUCGUGUAGAGCCCUUCAGGAAGCAGUCAGAGACCUGUGGGAGUGUGUUUUCUGUGUGCCGGGGCGGCUGCUGUUUCGCUCGGCUUGGACAGGACAGGGCGGGGUGAUGUUUAGGUUCCGGUAUAAAGGCAGCGAGAAAAUGGGAAUCAGACGAGAUGUGGAGCCGGCUGUUGACGCUGUCGUUUUUUACCGGAGACUAGAAUGAGAAAUUUACCGUCCUGGUUUAACAGGGCGGUGGUGUAACCGUCUGGGGAGGCCGCUGUCGGGGAGAUUGGUGUCUCUGCGGCGCCACUCCGCCCCCUGUCCGUCAGUAAAAUGAGGACGCUAUUUACAUUCUGUUGUCUCUUCCUUAUUACCCGCGGAGCGGACGAGGCGUGGGCGACCGGAAACCUGACAGUCGAUAGCAGCAACGACAGCAACCUGACGGCCGACAGCAGCAGCAGGUAUAUCAGAAUCGGGGACGGGUCUUCUCAGGAGUUUGAGUUUCCUGAAAACACCAACGGCGUGAUUGUAAUCUCCAGCUGGUACAGGAGCUCGGCUGCCAGCAGGAAGGGCCGUCAGAGCUGGAAGCAGACUGUGAAAGUCCGCUCCCUGGACCCCGAGGUCCUCUCCAUCCUGAAUGUGACGGACAGCGGCCACACAGGAACCGCCAGGAGCUACAUUAUAAGCAUCCGCUCGGGUUUCCCAGGCAAAGCUCAGCUGCAGAUCCAGCUGCUGGACCUGGACCAGGAUUCGGUUCCGGUUCUGAUUGAGGAGAGGACAGAUUACUCCAUCAGAGUGGCUCCUGGAAGUGAUGAUCCGGCCACCCGGCUGAUCCAGUCGGGUGGCCUGUCCCAUUUCUCUGAGAACCCCAUUCUGUUUGCCUUGCUGCCCCUCAUCUUUGUCAACAAGUGUGCCUUCGGGUGCAAGGUGGAGGUAGAGGUGCUGCGGGGUCUCCUCAGGAAUCCUGUGCCCCUGCUCCUGGGGGUGCUGGGUCAGUUCCUGGUGAUGCCUUUGUAUGCCUACUGUAUAUCCCGGCUAGCUGUGCUGCCCAAAGCGCUCUCCCUGGGCCUGGUCAUCACCUGCUCAGCCCCUGGGGGAGGUGGGGGCUACCUGUACAGCCUGCUGUUGGGUGGAGACGUCACCCUGGCCAUCUCCAUGACCCUGGUGUCCACAGUGGUGGCAGCAGCAGCUAUGCCUUUGUCAUCAGCUUUUUACGGGUGGCUACUGGGGGUUCAUGCCGCCUUGCAUGUUCCAUUUGUGAAAAUCCUGGGCACCCUCCUCUUUAUUGCCAUCCCCAUCUCCCUGGGCAUGCUGGUGAAGCUGCGCCUGCCCGCCCUCACACGGGUCCUGCUUAAACUCAUACGGCCGUUUAGCCUGGUGCUCAUCGUUGGUGGCAUCUUUAUGGCUUACCAAAUGGGGUCAUCCAUCCUGGCCAAUCUGCAGCCGCAGAUUGUGGCAGUCGGGGUGACAGUGCCUUUGCUGGGGCUGGUGGUAGGAGCCGUCCUGGCCAAACUUGCGGGCCUGCCCCCACCUCAGAGGAAGACGGUCAGCAUCGAGGUGGGGGUCCAGAACAGUCUGUUGGCACUCGCUGUCAUGCAGUUGUCCUUCCGCCGUGAGGAGGCUGACUUUGCGUCCCAGGCACCCUUCAUUGUGGCCCUCAGCAGCACCUCAGAGAUGCUACUCAUCGUCCUGGGAUACUAUGCCCAUCGGAAGUUGUGUGGGUCUGCCGUCCCCAGGAGUGACGACUGAUUGUAGCCACAGUCCUUUUAUCUGAACUAUUUUUCAAAAAUGAACCCCUCAAACCUGUGGAAGUUUUGGCUACACAAUGCCAACAAUCACCGAUCCAUUCCUCACUGUUGUGGUACGCAGGACAGUGAAUGGACUUUUUUGUGCAUUGUCUUUGUUUUUCGUAUUUUUCAUGAAAACCAAAGGCCUUUUUCCCCUCCGAGACCUUUUUGUGUUUAUUUUACAGUAUGUACUUUUUAAAAUCAGAAAAUACUGUGAGGUACGUAAUGUAAAUAUUCCUAAAAAGAGAAAUACCUAUCAAAGAAAAGUUAUUUUUGUACCAGAUUACUUUUUGUAAUCAAGCAAAGAUUGAUUUGCAUCAUGUUUACAAGAGGUCCAUGUGUCUUAGCCUGGGGGAGAGCUUUGGGGGGGGGGGGUUAAGUAUAAACGUUUGUAAAUCAAACAGGAACAUGAUGGUGGUGUUUUUGAAAGUAUUUGCUACUGAUUGUGUUUUCUGGAUCUGCGAAUCCAUGUACUUGAAUAUUGGAGAGGAGAGAAGAAGAAAACAUAAAUAAAAACAUUGUUAAAGCAGA